AUGUGUGUUUUGUUUUCCUUUUACAGGCAUGGAGCUUCGUCAGGUAUACGAGCGAUACCAGGCGAGGCUGCGACUGACUGCCUUCCUUGGUGUAGUGGUCCUGUCCUGGCUGGCGGCGGUAGUGCUACUGGGCCCCCUCGCCCACAACAGACAGGCCUCGGCGUGGCCUCCAUCUGCUGUCCUCCUUGCCAGCUAUGCCGCCCACCUCUUGCUCCUGCUCGCCGCGGCACAGGUACUAAGUGGCCACCUGCCCUGGCUCGCCACGCUGCUGGGCGUCACCUACUGGGUGGCCACGGCUGGGGUGGUGGUGGGCGUGACAGUGCUGCACCCCCCACCUACCCCGCCCCACCUCGCGCCGCCCACCUUCCUUCUCGUGCUAGCAACCCACACUGCUCUGCCCCUCAGCCGCCCCCACGCCCGCGUCCUCGCUGCUCUCACAUCCUUCCUCCCCAUUACCUCCAAGGCUGUGGAUCCAGCCCUCACCUGGAGCCUCACGCAGGUGUUGGGGUGUUGUCUACUGGUGGGGGCUGGCCAUGUGCUGGGCUGGUGGCUCGACUGGGAGGCCGCCCACGCCCAUGCUCACGCUCGCGCCACCACCCGAGAGGUGAUAGAAGCGCGAGUGAAGCUGGCGUGUGACAGGGAACAGCAAGAGACACUCCUUCUCUCCGUCAUUCCGGCUUACAUUGCUGUGGAGGUACGGAACCGUCUCAUGUCUCGCCUGGCCGGUAAGUGCCAGCAGGUUGACGCGCCCGCCCAGCCCAGGAAGCAGUUUCAGGACUUAUACGUGCAGCGCCAUAACAACGUCAGCAUCCUGUACGCAGACAUCGUCAACUUCACACCACUUUCGGAACAACUCAGCGCCUGCGACCUGGUGAACACACUAAACGAUCUCUUCGGCCGAUUUGACCAGAUAGCUAAGGAAAACCAGUGUCUUCGUAUCAAGAUCCUUGGGGACUGUUACUACUGUGUAUCCGGUCUGCCCGUGUCCCGCCCAAACCACGCCAUCAACUGCGUCAAGAUGGGACUCGAGAUGAUACAGGCCAUCAGGUUAGUGAGGAGAGUGGAUGUAAUAAGAACAUAAGAACAUAAGAACCUA